AUGGAUUUAUCACAUGCUAAAACUAUCUCUUACAACCUAUUACCAUAGUAUUCUAUAAAUUAAAAUUCAUCGCCUUGUGCAAUGGCAAUUAACAAAACCAAUACAUUGCUUGUAGUUGAAACAUACUACUUCAUUAAAUGUUUUACAUUUAACAAAGGGGAGAUAAGAAUGUUGUAGAUGUUUAAAUUUGGAAAUUCUAAUCAUCAUACUUUAAGAUUUCAAAUGCAGAAAUAAGAUAUCGUCUCAAGCUCAAAGACAUUUCUUUGCAAAUAUUCAUCAAAGUUAAUGGCUAAUCCAAAAUAUAUCUAGAAAUGUUCUGGAUAAUUUGAUUCGUUUUGUUUAAUUCUACACCCUCUUAAUGAAGACAUUAUAAUUUUGGGUAGUUUAUUAGGUAAAAUUGACUUUUUGUUCACUCAUUAGAAUGGUAGUAGCAAACCGUUUAAAUAAACUAUUAAGGAGCAUAGUUCAGUGCUUGGAUUAUCAAUAAAUGAUGAUGGUACAAGAAUUAUUUCCUGUGGUAAAGACAAUUUCAUUCUAAUUCUUGAACCCAAUUCCACUAAUUCUGAAUCAUCAACAGAAAUUUGGACUGUAAAAUAAAAAUUAUAUGUUGAGCAAUAUGGUUACAGAAUAUGCUUUAUUAAUAAUGAUAAAUUUUCAUUCCAACCAUUAAAUAAGCCUUACAUGAAUUUAUAUUGUGAAAUAAAUGAUAAGUUUCUUUUCUAAAGCUAACAUUUACUAUCUUCUGAUAAAAAUGAUUAACGUUGUAUUUUCUAAUAAGUGUACAAUAAAUAGAAGUCCCUUAUUUUCAAUAUAUAUGGAAGAGCGUUAUAAAUUAUGAGGUAUUCAAAGGAUCAAACCUUGCAAUCAGGCAAAUCUGAGGAAUCUGUUUUUUUAGAAUAAAUUAUUGAUUUUGGAAAAAACUAUAAUCCAUGGAUUUUUGGUAUUAUUAGUGAAGAUGCAGAAUAUAUAAUUACUUGGGAUUUUCAUUCAGAGUAAAUAUAAAUUAGAUAAUUUCAAAAUAAUGAGUGA